UUGCAAUUUUUCAUAAACUAUACUUUCACACUCCUCCACAGUAGAGCAGCAGGUGAAGUUGACGAGUGCAGUUGGCUACACUCGAAUAUUUUGGCGUGACGAUUGAAAUCAUCAAACUCGCCAUUUUCACCAUCCACCACCGAGAAAGGGUGAGGUAACAUCCUUUUCAUAUUCUCCAUUUUCUGUUUCAUCAUUCAUAAAUGUUGAUUAUUCAUCGCCAUAGAUCCAUUUUCAAUCUCAAACCCUUAACUUUCUCACCAAACCCAAUAACCCCAUUACCAUUUUCUCUUCAUUUCUGCACCAACACUUCAGAUUCAACCUCAUUUUCUGUCUCAUACCUCAUCAACAAUUUUGGCUUUGACCCACAAUUUGCUUCCAAACUCUGCUCCACCUACAAGCUCCGUUUCAAGACUGACCAAAACCCUGAUUCUGUUCUCAAAUUCUUUAGAAACUAUGGUUUCUCUAACUCCCAACUACGUCGUAUCAUUCCCAAGGCACCAUGGCUACUCUCCUGCGACCCCUCCAAAAGGGUGUUGCCGAAGUUUCAAUUUUUUCUCUCCAAAGGUGCUUCUACCUCUGACAUUGUUAACUUUAUGAGUAAGAACCCCAGGAUCUUGUCUGUAAGCUUGAAGAAUCGUAUCGUCCCAAUAUAUGAAUUGGUUUAUAGAUUCUUGCAAUCUCACAAGGACACUAUUGCUUGUGUAAUUAGCAAUCCAGUUUUAUUUAGUGACCAUCUUGUGGCACAUAACAUCGCAUUGUUGCUUGAGAAUGGACUUUCCGACUCAAACAUUUCUAGAUUGCUUAGGGAACACCGUAGGACAUUGCACACAUGUGACAUUUUGAAGGUGGUGGAUGAAUUAAGGGAUUUGGGGUUUAAUCCUUCUAAAACAACUUUUGGAGUAGCAUUAAUAGCCAAAUCAUCAACAACUAAAGCCUUGUGGAAAGAGAAAGUUGAUGCCUUUAAGAAGUGGGGUUGGUCGGAUGAAGAUGUUCUUGAAGCAUUUAAAAAGCAGCCUCACUGUAUGAUAACAUCCAUUGAUAAAAUUAAUUUAGUGAUGAGCUUUUGGGUCAAUCAGUUGGGUUGGGAUGCUAAGGACAUUGCCAAAACACCGGAUAUUUUGUCGUUAAGUUUGGAAAAAAGGAUCAUUCCAAGAGCCACUGUCGUGCAAUUUCUCCUUAGUAAUGGUUUGCGAAAUAAGAAUGCAAGCUUAAUUUAUCCAUUCUUAAUGCCUGAGAAGUUGUUUCUUGAUAUGUUUAUAAAACGUUUUGAGAAUGCGGCUUCUUAUCUUUUAAAGCUGUACGAAGAAAAACUCAAUCUUGCACACACCAAGAACAAAAAUUGCGUGUUAUUCAUCGUUAUAGAGUCCUUCUACCUCUUGAAAUCUCACCACGACACCCUUGCUUGUGCAGUUCACAAUCGGAAUUUCUUUGGAGCCACGCGUGUGUCAAAUAAUAUCAAGUUGUUGAUCAAGAAUGGAGUGGCGGACUCAAACAUUGUAAGAUUGCUUCGGAGCCGGAGUCCGAUAUUCUAUUCAGAUCCAGGAGACAUGCUGAAAUUGGUGGAGGAAUUAAAGGUUUUGGGUUUUAAUCCUUCAAAAACAUCUUUCAAUCUAGCACUAAUUGCCAAAGCAACUAUAAACAAAACCCUAUGGAAAGAUAAAGUUGACACCUUUAAGAAAUGGGGUUGGUCUGAACAAGUUAUUUUCGAAGCAUUUAGAAGGCGGCCUGAGUGUAUGUUAGUAUCCAUUAAUAAAUUAAAUUUAGUGAUGAAUUUUUGGGUUAAUGAGUUGGGUUGGGAUGCUCUUGCCCUUGCCUUAGAUCCAUCAGUUUUUGGUAUAAGUUUCGAAAAAAGGACCAUUCCAAGGGCCCCAAUUGUGCAAUUCCUGCUAAAGAAAGGUCUGCGAAAAAGGACUGCAAGCUUAACUUCUCCAUUUAUAGUGCCUGAGAAGUUGUUUCUUGAUAAGUUUAUAAAACGUUUUGAGAACGAGUCUUCUUAUCUGUUAAAGCUGUAUGAGGAAAAACUCAACCUUGGAUACACCAUAGACAAAACUUGCACGCCAUGAUCAUAUUUUCAGGUACUGUGUUUGUUGUAACUCAUCAUUGUUACCAAAUGCAUUUGCCAAGUUGUUUAUUAGUCAUCAACUGCCACUUUUCCAUUUCAGGCAGCAGCUUUGUAGAAAUUAGUUGUCAAGUUGUUGUCCGGCAGAGACAAGUGUAAAAUUCCCGUGGAUAUAAUUUGAUGACCAUUCUUGAUUUUGAAAUCUGCUUAUCGUUUUCUUCAUCAACCAUUCUUGCAUUGGAGCCAACUGAUAUGUGAAAUUAGAAAAUAGUUUUCACAUAAGCUUUGUAGUUGUAGCCUUACUCUGGCUGUGUUCUUGAAUGCUAAUAUGCCGCAGUUCCAAAUACAACAAAAUUUGUUGUAACUAGUAGAAGAGUGGUCAAAAAUCUUUUUAUUCCCCCUCUAUAUAUAGUCAUAAACUAGUGAUGCAAUAUGGUGAUGUCAACUUUUUGAUUUUCUGAAAGGCACUUA